GGAACCCGUUUGUACGUCCCAGCCACGAAGUUAUGUAGGUGGGGCGGGCUUUAAUUUGCUUAUAUCUAAUGAUUUCAGAGCCUCUCUUUAAAAUGGCGGCAUUCAGUAUACACCCCUGCUAAAGGCUCUCCAGGCACCUGGGCCACCUCUCGCAGAGCUGCUUUUGCUUCUGUAGCUAACAGAUGGCAUGUGCCACUGUCGCUGCCACUGCCUCUGCCGCUGAGAGCAGGACCUUUUAGCCUCUGGGUUUGCUCUAGCAGCAUAAGGUUUCUGAAAAGUGUCUUUUCUGAAAACUGAUGCUUUGAUUCCCCUCUAGAGCUGUCUCUUUACAAAGCCCUCUCCUAACCACCACUAUCCCCCAAAACGUGGUGUGCUUGCAGUUUACCUUCAGCAACUUGUCCAUUCUUUUUAUUUGUUUGAUUCUCAGUUUUUCACACUCAAUUUCCCUCAUCUUGAUUUUGCAGCAAGAUUUUUUACACUUAUAAUAUCCUUACCAAUCUUAAUCUUUAAAGACAAGAAAUAGGGAGAAAAACUUUUCUUCCCCUGAGCUGAGACCAUUCCACAAGUUGAAGGGCAGCCAACAGCAUAUGCUUUUUGCAAGAAUAAUUGAAAACAUCAACUGGAGAGCACAUAAUUCUUUUGAAAGUCCACCAGUUAUUUGAAGUAACUUUGACAGAAAAACAAUAUAAAGCACUCAAUAUUUUAACUUUUAUGGUUGCCUUCUUAGGAGUUGGUCUCUAUUUUGAUUUUACUUAUUCUGAUACAAUUUUUAUUGUAUGAUUGACUAGACCUAAUUUGACUUAAAUGAAAACCUAAGUGUUAACAAAGAAAAAUUUCACCAAGCAACCUGUGAAGUCUUUACAUUUAGCUUGAAUUCAUUUUUAAUCUUUGAACAACCAUAAUACUUUCCUAGCAAGGGUGCACUUGAUUUUAAUUUUACUUUCAGUAUGACAGCUGUCAAUGUUUCCCUGGUUCGUGACACCAAGUGGCUGACUUUAGAAGUCUGUAGAGAGUUUCAAAGAGGAACCUGCUCUCGAGCUGAUGCAGACUGUAAGUUUGCCCAUCCACCAAGAGUUUGCCAUGUGGAAAAUGGCCGAGUGGUGGCUUGUUUUGAUUCUUUAAAGGGUCGGUGUACUAGAGACAACUGCAAAUACCUUCACCCUCCUCCACACUUAAAAACACAGCUGGAAAUUAAUGGACGGAACAAUUUGAUUCAACAAAAGACUGCUGCAGCCAUGUUUGCCCAGCAGAUGCAGUUUAUGCUCCAAAAUGGUCAAAUGCCACCACUCAAUUCCUUUCCUGUGACUCCACCACUUGCACCUAAUCCUACCAUGGCUUUCAAUCCUUAUUUGCCUCAUCCUGGGAUGGGCCUGGUUCCUGCCGAGCUUUUACCAAAUACACCUGUUUUGUUUUCUGGAAACCCGCCUCUCACAUUGCCAGGAGCUGCUGGUCCAAAAGUGAUGCGUUCGGAUAAACUGGAGAUUUGCCGAGAAUUUCAGCGUGGGAAUUGUACCCGUGGUGAGAGCGAUUGCCGCUAUGCUCAUCCUACUGAUGUCUCUAUGAUUGAAGCAAGUGAUAAUACUGUGACCAUCUGCAUGGAUUACAUCAAAGGCCGAUGCUCCCGGGAGAAAUGCAAGUACUUUCAUCCUCCCCCACACUUGCAAGCCAAACUCAAGGCAGCUCAUCACCAGAUGAACCAUUCAGCUGCCACCACCAUGGCCCUACAGCCUGGUGCAUUUCAACUGAUACCAAAGAGAUCGGCACUUGAAAAGACCAAUGGUGCCACCCCGGUCUUUAAUCCCAGUGUUUUCCACUGCCAACAGUCUCUGGCUAACAUGCAGCUCCCCCAGCCGGCAUUUUUCCCUGGAGGGCAAAUAUUGUGCAUGGCACCUGCUUCAAAUAUUGUGCCUAUGAUGCACGGUGCUACACCUACCACUGUGUCUGCAGCAACUACACCUGCCACCAGCGUUCCCUUUGCUGCAACAGCUACAGGCAAUCAGAUACCCCCAUUAUCAAUAGAUGAACUGAAUAGCAGCAUGUUUGUUUCACAGAUGUAGAAGUUACCGGUAGAACAUUGAAAUUCUGAACAACAGAGUUAUGGAAUAUCAGAAUCUCUCCGUCAGAACUUCCAUGUAGCCUUUCUAUAUAUAGUGUUGUACGUCCUCUUCUACCAACACAACAAUAAGCAUGGUGCAGUCAAUAUAGUAAAUAAAACAAAAAUACCAACCAACAAAUUUAAAUAAAAUCAAAGCAUUUAACAAUCAAUGGAGAUGUUAAAACAAAACAUGAAUACAAAACUACCAUCUAUCUUAUUUAAAUUAUUAGGUAGAACACUACCAUAAAAUUUUGUAAUUUGUCACACUAUUCUUUGUGAUUUUCUAAUAACUUUUAUGCUGAGUGAAUCUCCACAAUGAAUUUUUGGCUUACUGUGCAUUCUUAGUGGGUAAAUAUUUAACUGUUUUGAAGUAUUACCUUACUGUUUUGUUUAUGCAAUAGCCUAUUGGGUUGAUUUAAAAAGGUAAAAAUUGUAUCCAAAGAUCAUUCCCCCAUUAUUGUAUUGUACUAUAUUGUGGUAUAUUGUGUUGUGUUAGGUUUUUACAUACUACAGGGUUUUGCUGUAAUAUGUGUGGUUUUUGGUUUCAACUAAAAUGUUACUAAUGGUAAACAGAAAUACAUUUGCUUGUGAAAUAUGACAGGUUAAUGUUAAUAUACUCUCUCUGUUUAGAAUAUUUCUGGGGGAUUCUCAGGGCAGCCAUUUAAAAAGCCUCACUUCUGAGUGUUUGCAAAACCUGUUCAUAAACAUCCAUGUAAAUAAUUUAUAGCUGCAAAUCUGACCUUGCAUAAUAUGAUUACAUUAGUAGAUUAUUUCUGAGGAAAUAUAAUUACCUGCUAAAAAGAGGGAACUUCUUAAACAUUAAUCCCUAAUUUCACUCUUUAAACAUCUUGGAAAACUAGAAUUUAUCUUUAAAUACAUUUCUCAGCAUUUAUGCUGAAAAGUGUAUAAAGUGCCCAUUAUAUUUUUUUUGUGGCUGAAGGAUUUAGACACACUCUUAGGUUGAGUGUCUAAAACAGCCAUUUGUCAUCUUCAGCUGAAAAAUUGGUACUUGGAGGCUUAAAGGUAUGCUAAUUACAGGUUAUAAAUUUAACAGGGAGAUGGGAACAUGGAGACACUUUUUAUGUAUUGGAGGAGAGCCUGUAAAAACCAUUGCAAUGUAACCUUUUACAGAAGAGCCAUUUCUGAAUCCAAAUGGCUCAUGCUUUUUAGACUACUCUGAAUAGUAAGUAAGAUGCAAUCUAGCAAGAUUAGUCAGGGUGAAAGAGAAUUGGUUCUAAGUAAGGCCUUUCCUCCCCAAAUGGACACACUUUUAUAUUGAUCACAGUUGGAGCCUGAGUAUAGCUUUGGAGAAAUGGCAAAAAUGGGGAGGAGGAUAGGAAGACGUUUAAAAUUACUCUUUGAUUUAUUUAACAGUUUUAGGAAGGAUAUCACAGUUGGCUUUAGCUCCAGUUUAGCUGAGUUUUCAGUUUUGUUAAACACUUAUCAAAAGAGUAAAUGUUUGUGAUAUAUGUCAGAUGUUGCCUUCCCAAAACUUUAUUAACAACAGAGUUCUCUCAUCAUAAACAAUGUUGAUUUGUAUUUGUAUUUUUACAUGUAUUUGGAUAUUAUAAGAGAGGUUUUUAAGACCCUUUGGAUGAGACAGAAUGGCUGCUCUCCACAGAGCUGAGCUGAAUUCACAGUACUAAUUCUUAUGAAAUACUUUUAACCAAGUAAAAUAGUAAUUAAUUUUUAUGUUAUGUGGCAUACCUCCUCCUCUUUAUUUAGUCAUUAAAGUUACUAUUAUUAUAUAGUGGUAGAACCAUAUGAUAGUUUGCAUCAAUGUAGGUUUAAUAUUUUCUACUAAAUAUAUAUUCUCUCACUGGUAAGUGUAAAAUCAUCAAAUUUGAUGUUUAUAGCAAGUUUGUUUUCUACUUCAUGAAAAUGACAAAGAAAAUCUGAUGGAUACCUUAAGCAGGCUAGUAUGUUUGAAUCACAGAACAAUGGAGUUGGUAAAACCUUUUCACAGUUGAUGAAACUGAGGCCUAGGGUAUGUGAUUUGCCCAGGGUUACCUACCUUUUUGGGUACAGUUGGACUUGGAAAUAUCUCCUGACUCCCAGUUGUUUCUCUGUUUCACACUGUUUGUGCUUCAAAAUAUUUGGAAUUCCAUCCUAAAGCAGAUCAAUUUGCCUCAAAAUACAAAAGAUCAAAAUUAGCUCUUUAAUAGUUGAUGAGAUCCUCUUGAUUUUAAUUAUCAACCCAGUCAUGAUCAUCAGUGAUUUCUAAAUGGGUUUGCUUCUAUGGAACCAUUGCCAUCUGUUUACAGUAUUGCCUAGACUUAAAGAACAGGAGGUUUCCUGACUUUUACCUAUUGUUUUUGAACAACUUAAUUUCUCUUUCCUCAAAUCUUAACAUUGUUAGAGAAGAAAGGAGAGUUCAUCUUUAUGAAAUUACUCAUGUUUGGAACUGAAUUUCGCAUAUCCUGUGUCAGUGCCUCUCCAGAAGAGCAGAUCUGAUCACAAAACUCCAGGAAGGCUGUACCUGAGCUAGUCUGGAUAUAUCCCUAAAGGAGAUACAGAAGUUUGGGGGGCACAAUGAACUUUUUGUAUAGUUUGACAUUUUGAUCCAACAUAUUAUCUCAUUUCAUUUUUUUAAACUUCUGAUGAAGAUGUACAUAGACAGUACACCUGGAGUGCAGGUGUCUUCAUGUUACUUUAAGCACUGGAAGACAUGUUUUAGUAAAAGGUUUGGUGAAGAAUAUUCAGGGUAGUUGAAUUUUGGAUGCCACAGUUUUGAUGUUGUUGGCAUUGAAAAAUUGCUUUAAAAGUGAGUUUAAAGAAAGUCAAAGUACUAAAGUUUUGAUGUAGCUACAAAAGAAUUUUGACAUAAAUGGAAUUUUAAGAUAACAUUCUUUAAAUUAGUUGUGCAAUGACUUGUUCAAUUUAUCUUUAUUCAAGAAAAGAAGAUCAGUCAUUAGACUAUAAACUUUCAGAUAAAGAGAAGUCACAAAACUAAUCAGUGACUCUAAACAAAAAUUUACUGAAUGAAUUGUAUAUCUAAAAUUCUAAUCAUUUGUGAUUAUUAGUUAACAUUUUAUAAGCUUUGUAAUUUGCAAAGGCCUCUAUUUUUACUUAUCCAAAAUUGUUUCUGUUUAUUUCUCUUAGCUUUCUGCAAAAAUAUGUGAGAGUGCUGAAACUUAGACAAAAUAAGUCAUGUAUAUAGAGAAAAUAAUCUAAAAAUAUCUUUUAAGAGGGUUUUAGUAGUGUCAAUUUUUAAAAGCACUGUGACCAUAAGUAUAGAGAUUAACAUUAAAUCAAAAUUAAAUGGAUUCAUAAAAUUUCUAUUAAACACAGUAUUUGCUUUUACAAAUGGAGCAUGAUUCCACAACCAGCUAUUGCAUUUCAUUUCACUUGUCUAGAUUAGUCUGUAAUUUCUAGUUGAUCAUGGUGUGAAAAGCCAUCUUCUCCCAACUCCAUCAAUCUCUACAUUUGUUUUUGAACCUGUUUUAAAGUAUUUUUAUAUUGCCAAAGUUGUUUUCCUACAUCACUAGACUGUGUUCACUAAUUGACAGCCUUACCAGCCCUCCAACUGGGGAAAAGCAAGAACCUCCUCACUACCACCAUCAGGAACUGAAUGAAAUUAACCUUUAUAACUUGACUCUAUUUUUAAUGGCAUGACCAUUUAGCACAGUAAUGUAUAAAUAAUGACAACAUUGUCAGUAAAUUUUAUUAAAUAACAUAUAAGGAAGGCCUGUGUGCUAUUUGGAAUGUAUUUGACUCUUUCCCCAAUCCUUUGGAGACAGUAGAUGAGGAUGCUCUUAGGUAAAAUGCAGCUGCAAAGUUUCUGAGUUAUUUUAAUCUGUAGGGUAGGGUGUUAUAUACAUACAGGUUAGAAAGUGGAAUCCUCUUUUACUUUUUUAUCUCUUCUGCAUUUCACACACAUUGAAAUAGAAAUAGGGAAAUAUGAUUUCUCAAUCCUGUUGAAUAGAUUUAGAAAGGUAGUGCCCUAAUUUUAAUUUCACCAGUGCCUGUUAAAGGCAGUAGAAUAAAUACUAUGUAAAAACAUAUAACUUUUUGGAAAUUUAGUUGAUAGCCUAAUUAAACUGUAAACAUAAUGAAAAAUUAAGGUUCUUAGCACCAAACUCAGUAAUUGGUGCCACAUUUUUAUUUUACUUGUUAGUUUUUAAGGUUUUGAUUUUAUUAGUUUUUAUAUAUCUCUUAGUAACUAAUGAAUUUACUUUUGAAGGAGAGUUAGAGAAGUUUUAAGAUUUUACUACAUGUAUAUAUUCAACCUGGUUAGAUAGGUUCUAAACUGACACUGAAGCAUGAUAAGAUAUAGAUUGUAAUACAUAACUAUUCUUUACAGUUCACAGUUUAAGAACAAACUUAACUUUAUAUACAAAUAAUAAUUUUAACUAAUUAUAUUUAGUCGUUGCUUUAGCAACAAAACUACAACAUGGCUACCUUAAGACACCUUUUUGGUGAAAGUUUUACUUGUACACUAUACAUGGUUUUAACAGUAUGCACAUGUAGAAGACACAUCUCAAAUCUCAGAAAAUGUAUGUGGUUGAUUUAUUUUUUAUCCUAAAUUUCCAUGUGAAAGCUUAAUUUGUGUCCUAGUGUGGCUUUUUCAUCAAAAAGUUUACAAGAUGUGGAUUCUAGAAUUUGGCUUUAUGGCUUAUAGAAUUUGCUGUGUGGAUAGGGAGAUUCCACAGUAUUUAGACUUCAAAACACAAUUGUGGUGUUUAUAAUACAUUACCUGAUCUUUUUUCAUAGCUUCAUUUAUUCAAAAUUAUUUAAGUGGCAUAGUUAUAGCUGCAAAAAUUCUCUUCUGGAAUUACAUACUUAAACAAAUAUAUCCAAAUAAAGAUUAAAGAAUAAUGAAAACAUAUUAUGAAAUUAAUGCAUUUGUGAAAUCAUGCAUAAAGAUACCUUGGAAUGACCCCUUAACAGUGUUUAAGAGACAUAUGCUGCAGUUAACUGAUUAUCUCAGUUAGGGUGCGAAUGUGUGAGACACACCUUUUUUGCACUUAUGUACAUAGUCCAUAAAAGCAAUCCUUGGAGCUUGUUUUAAUAUAAUAAGUCUGUGAGAAUAGUGGAAAAGUUAGUAAGAGAGAGUUAUUUCUAAGGCUUUGAGAUGGAGGGGUUUAUUUGCUGUAAGACUUAGCUAAACAGCAUAUUGCUUUGCUAUUGUGGAGGCUUUCUAGUUUGCUACAGCUGAUCAAAAGAGUGGACUGGUAACAGGUAACAGCUCAUCUUCAGCUAGGAAUACUGAACAAGAGUAAAACUACUUUAUCUUUUAGCAAGAACACUAGCAGAGAUUGUUUGCUUUUUAAAGUAAUCCUCUCUGUAUUAUCACAUAUACACAUAUACACACACCAGGCAGGUUUCUACCUGAGGUUUUCUUCGAUGAUUUCAAGUAAUGAAAUACCUUGCAAAUCUUGAAAUGGAUAUUCCCAUUAUGAUCAAAUUAGACUGCAUCUGUCACAGAAAAUUAUCAAUUGACAUAUAUCAGUUACAUAAAUUAAAAUCUAUUUAAGUGGCAAAUUAUUAAUGCUUACCACUAUUUCCCCAUUAAGAUCCAGAACCCAAAACCAAAUUGGCAACCAUUGAAAAGGUUUAAUUUAAUAGUUAAGUAUGACCAGUAUGGGGCUUUUCAUUCCCUUCAAUAAAGGAAAAUAUGCUCCUGCGACAACUUUAUACAUGACUCUAUUUGCCUUAUACUUGUUCACUGGAAGCUGUUUUCUGAUUUAACCGUGACCAGGUUAGAAAGUACUUCACUGUGCCACUUCCAUCUUUAACUGCUUUAACUACACAGAAGAGAAUCAGCUGAAAUCUUACAUACAUAAGAGCUGGGAAAGAAUGUUUCAAUCAGACCAUCUCUGCCAAUUUCAGCUCCCACAUCAUCCAUAGAUCAGCUUUUAAUUUUUUGUUGCCUCCAAAGAGGUCUAGAAAAGGUCGAGGAUAGAAAGUUUUAACAAUAGGCCACCACAGGUACUUUGAUCCUUCACAUCUUGGGACUUGUUGCCCUUUCCCUGGAGAAAGAGUCAUCCUGAGGUUGAGGGAGUUACUAGUAUUGCUGCCCAUUUUGAUAUUUUUCACUUACAGAGACAGGAAAUUAAGCCAAAGCUAGAAAGCAGUCCAAGCCUUAUAAUUCUCCAAUAGCUCAGGGCCAGUUGGUUAGAUUUUUUUUCCCUUCAGCCCAUCCUAGAAUCAACCAUACAACUAACAGUCUAACCAUCUGACCAGCAUUUUCAUUGAUAUAAAAUGUAAGCAUUCACUUAUUCUGUAGCUAAGAACUCCAACUUUAAUCUUAUCACUGACAUAUUUUUUCACAUGGCCUUGUGAAUGUAUAGCCACAAGAAUAUAGUAUCAUAAGGUCAAUAAAAAUAUGGUAAGAUUUUAAGUCAGUAAAAAUCAUCUGUAAAAUAGUAAGAAUGACCUAGAUAUCCAAAUUAUUUAUGGCAUGAUAUGUCUUGACAGCCACUGGAUCACACUCUUUGAAGCUUAAACACGGUGGCUGUGUUUAAAUAUGUAAAACUAGAGAAUAAACUAUAACAGAAUGUGAAUAACUUGAGGCCAAAAGAGGACCCUGCUGUUAAGACCAGGAAAAGGGGUUAGUUGAUGAAUUCACACAGUUUCCAGCUUCUCCAUUUGUCCUCACCUGGAAGAGAACCACCAUUUAAUAAUCCAAAAUGAGAUUAUUCCAGAGAAAUAGAGAAAUGUUAUCUUUAAAUAGAACCCAUACUUAAUUAUAGUGCUAUAUCUAAAAGAAAAAAAAAUGUAUCACCAUGAAGUAAGUCACUACUAUUUUCAGAUAUGUCAAAAAAAUCCUUGCUAGUCAUCUCCUACAUCAUAUUACUUUAAUAAAAUACCUCUGUAACAAGACCUAAAAGUAACACCAUUUUAAGCAGUGCUUCUCCAACCCCA